AUGGCGCUUGACAAGUCUCAGGAAUGUCGCGCCAACAUCAGUCUUCACCAGAACCUACCACCUCAGUUGCAGGCAACAGCAGCAGCAGCAGCAGCAGCCGCGUUCGUAGCUCCUAUUGUAGCAGUGCCACGACCGCCAUUGAUGUGUAUCCCCAACCCAGCUGCACACCAACCUCAAAUGCGAGGACCGGAAGGCUGCAACAUAUAUAUCAACAAUCUUCCCGCUUACUUUAUGGAUUUUCACCUCUGCCAGCUGUUCUUAAACUUUGGUGAAGUUGUCAGUGCCAAGGUUUUCAUCGAUAAGUACACAUAUCAGAGCCAAUGCUUCGGUUUCGUGAGUUUCGCCAACCGUCAGUCGGCAUCACAAGCCAUUUCGACAAUGAAUGGCUGGAUCUUGAGUGAUGGCAGUAAGCUGCAAGUGUCUUUGAAGCGAGCAGAAAGGUGCAGCACCUCGCCCCCGUCCACCACGGGAUAAGAGUCUCGCUCUCAUGCAUGGGUGCAUUUACACUUUUCCGUACCGACGGGCCGGAGCACGUGGCCAGGCGCCCGUGGAAUCUGGAGUGAGCUGAGCUGUGUUUUUGUUAUGCCAUUCUAUGUACAUGUAGCAAUGCAAUGUGGGGCUUAGUUUUGUGUUUAUCAUUUUUUUCUCGAUUUUCUGUUCUCAUCUUAGCCUCUGUGUUUCACGACUUACCAGUAUAUAAAAUGUAUUACUUGUGUCGUGAAUCUCAUGAGCCAACGAGUUUCUCUCUUUUACGCUUCUAGCACUCUUUAGCUUAGGCGUUGUAUCUGCCGCUAGGUUUCACCUGUUGUUAGCGGCCGUCGUGAGUUCCCUUCGGGAACGACACGAUAAUUUGCUGUUAAAAAAAUUUCUAACACUCUCGCAUGUUGGUACUGGUUUUCGCGUUGGUGUCCUUUUCUGGCUGUCCAGCACUUUUGCAGCUGGCGAUGUCCUCUGCUUUCUGCUCUUGUCCAUUUCUGUGCGCAUGUAUCCGUUUGUGGCUGUUGUUGCUGACGGUUUUUGACGCGUUCAUUUUUUUCUCUCUUUUCUUUUCUCGCUCCACAUAAUUAUACUGGCAUCUAGAAGCAAAGGCAGCAGUAAGUACAUGUACUGUACAGCACCCAAA